GUAGUGCGAGGUGACGUUUCUGUGCACGUGAGCAAAAGCAAACCCCUGUAUUCAGAGAUGUCUGGCAAACGGAAUGGAAAAAUAUCCACGUUUUUGUUUAUCGUAACUUUAACCUUUGACAAUCUACAUUUAAGUUUUUCGUUGAGUGAAGUCAUCAAGUUAAAGACAUUAUUUGGGUUGCCUGCUUUUCGAGAUAACGUGGAGAGCGAAUACCAUGUAAAUGCUCGGCAGACUCUCCCAACCCGGGGCAGUGUUCUGCCCAGACCUGCCCGCUCAGCUCUUCCACAGCAGCGGUCGUGGGUCGCGGGGUUGAGCCCACCGACCCUCCAUCGUUCAAGUGUGCCCAAACAGCUUGCAGAUCCGGACACAUAUGAGCAGAGGGCAUCGGAAGUCUCUCUGAAGUUUGGAAUUGGCAGUGAGCAAAAUACAAAAGAUUCCGACAGACAUCGUGCUAGUGCUUAUCAAGCAGACUACCCAGGCUUUAAGGAAAUCAACAAGGGGAAUAUAUUUGGCCCUUCAUUUGAAGACGGCAGGCCUACUCCCUCUUCGGAAUGGCAGGCUAUGAGGCCCUUGGUUCAGUGUCACGACACCACCAUGACUUUGACGGCCUCUGGACAAGGAUUCUCACAAUUGUUUCUGGAAAGAGAGGGGGAUUUCCCCAUCUCUGUGUUUCACUUGCCACCAAACUGUGGUUAUUCGGUGAAGGCCUCCCGGAAUGGCCUGGUAUUGGAAGCUCCCUAUGAUGGCUGUUACAUGACCAAGCAGAACGGCAGCUAUGUGCUGCCGAUGCUGUGGUGGGACAGCCCGCUGAGACUCUCCUGUCCGAUGCAGAAGAGCCCUCCCUCUCGAGCGUUAACCCUCUCUCGCCCGUGGGCCCUCUGCUCACCCUAUGGGGUGUCCGUGCACAUGUAUGGAACAGAUGAGGAGAUCCCCUCACUGGGCACCAUAGUGAAGGACGACUGGGAGCCGCUUGUGUCUCCGAAGUGUGCCUUCCGCACAGAGGCCCCACUUGGAAAUCUCCUUUUCUAUAUUCCCCUCAAUGCUCCCUGUCUACAGGCUCAAGAGGGUCUCCACCUCAGAGUGCUGAAGGAUUAUCAAGAGUUCUCUCUCUCCUGCCAAGAUCUCUCUCUCCUUCCCCCGCUCGUACCCAUUCCUCCACACGCCCCUCCACUGUCUCCUGUCGACCCCAUCACUCCUGCACCGGUGCCCACCACUGCCUCACCUCCACCGCCUCAAUCCAUGACCCAGGGGCAGGUGAUCUGGCCUCCGAGCCCCCUGAACUAUCCUCACCCUGGGCCCCGGUUCCCUCAUCUCCCCCUGGUCUACCCUCCAGGGCCCCAGCCCAAAAGCCAUUCUCGACCCUCUCCAGAUGUUGCUCCUGGACCUCCAGCGCAGUUCCCCCAUCUCUACUCGGGGCCUGGUCAGCAGCCGCUUUCCCCCCAUCCACCCCCAUCCCCUCCUCAGCCGCCUGCCGUGGAGCAAACAUCUGGCCCCAGUGUGGACCCAGUGAACCAGGAUCCAAAAUGGCCUCCUCGGCAGGGUUUUUAUUAUGGGUAUGAGCCCUACAUGCCGUUGUACGGCUCCCAAGUCCCUCACAAAGCACCUUCCCCCUCCGACCAAAGCACCACAGCACGUCCCCCGAAAGCCCCACCACAUACACCCCACAUGGCUCCUUACGACCAGCAAUAUAAUCCACAGCAGUCGUACCGUCCGCUGCACACAUUCUCCCAAGUCCCUCAAAGCCCCGAGAGCAUUGUCCACCCUGCUUUCCCUGCUCCUCCUCGACAGCUUUUUGUUCCACGACAGCCACUCUCAUAUAGUCAGUAUUAUCCUUAUUGGUCAGUGUUCACCCCAAGAUCUUUCUCUGAUGGAUCCCCGCCCCUCCCUUCUCAGCCUCCUACCACUCCUACCACUCCUACCCCCACCCCAAGGACAACGCGUUCUAAGGGACCAUCUGGUCCUGACCACAGACCCCCCGCUUCACUUUGCCCGCCUAAUACUCGGCCCUUCUGUGGGUACCACCCUGAUGCUCCUCACAUCCCCCCCACACCUGCUCCGCCAUAUCCACCUCGGCACACCACACCGAUGACUCCAGGGUCCCAGCCGUUUCCCAGCCCUGCACCUCCGACCUCAACCUCCAAACUUGUGAGGUCCCUCGGACCACAGCCCCCGAGGCUCCAGUGUUAUAGCGAGAGGAUGACGGCCUUCCUGCCCUCUCCUCAUCCAGACUCCAUCCAGAUCAGAGCUUUAACGGCAGACUUCAAGAAGGCAUGGCUGCCCCUUUCGUCUGUGUCCCCGCUGUGCAAGUUCAAGCUGUCGCUUACCAAGGAGCCCGGACUGAUGUUUGAGUCUCCAAUACCAGCCUGCCACAGCCAGCAAAAGACUCCCACAACCCUGUCGUUACGGCUCAGGUUCUGGGACGUAAUUCUGUCCCGGGACCGCAUCCUGGAGUUCCAGUGUCCUUACAGUCGUCCUCUGCCCGGGACGGCGGUGGCCGACGGUCCUCCCGUCCCUCCGGACAGCCCUGCAGCCAGCCUCCCUCCUCCCACGCCUCGCCCUCGUCAUGCCAAGCCAGACCUCCCCCGGGAGGUGUUGGGACUACGUGCCGUUGCGGCUCAAGGCGAGCGUUUAUUCCACUGGGAAAUUCUUCAGUCUGACUGGUUUCAUGUCAAGUGAUGGCUUUAUUGGGCGGGCUCAGCGUCCCUUCAAGUUAAAGGUAGAC